CGCAGUCUCCGCGCCUCCCGCGUGUGCAGCCCGUGUCCGCGCGCGGCCGUGCGCUCAUGUCGUGGCUCUUUGGCAUCAACAAGGGUCCCCAGGGCGAGGGCGCGGGGCCGCCGCUGCCCCUGCCACCGGCGCCGCCGGGAGCCGAGGGCGGCGGGGACCGCGGCGCGGGGGAUCGGCCGGCGCCCAAGGACAAAUGGAGCAACUUCGACCCGACGGGCCUGGAGCGCGCGGCCAAGGCAGCGCGCGAGCUGGAGCACUCGCGCCAUGCCAAGGAGGCACUGAGCCUUGCACAGAUGCAGGAGCAGACGCUGCAGCUGGAGCAGCAGUCCAAACUGAAGGAGUACGAAGCCGCCGUGGAGCAGUUCAAGAGUGAGCAGAUCCGCGUGCAGGCCGAGGAGCGAAGGAAGACGUUGAGCGAGGAGACGCGGCAGCACCAGGCGAGGGCCCAGUACCAGGACAAGUUGGCUCGGCAGCGGUACGAGGACCAGCUGAAGCAGCAGCAACUGAUCAAUGAAGAAAACUUGCGGAAGCAGGAGGAGUCUGUGCAGAAGCAAGAGGCCAUGCGGCGAGCCACUGUGGAGCGGGAGAUGGAGCUGCGCCACAAGAACGAGCUGCUGCGGGUCGAGGCUGAGGCCAGGGCCAGGGCCAAGGCAGAGCGGGAGAACGCAGACAUCACCCGGGAGCAGAUCCGCCUGAAAGCCGCUGAGCACCGCCAGACCAUCCUGGAGUCGAUCCGGACAGCUGGCACCCUCUUUGGGGAAGGAUUCCGUGCCUUUGUGACCGACUGGGACAAAGUGACGGCCACGGUGGCCGGGCUGACACUGCUGGCCGUUGGAGUCUAUUCUGCCAAAAACGCCACAGCCGUUGUGGGCCGGUACGUUGAGGCCCGGCUAGGGAAGCCGUCGCUGGUGCGGGAGACGUCCCGUAUCUCGGUGCUGGAGGCGCUGAGGCACCCUGUUCAGGUCAGUCGGCGCCUCCUGAGUCGACCCCAGGACGCCCUGGAGGGCGUGGUGCUCAGCCCCAGCCUGGAGGCCCGGGUGCGAGACAUCGCCAUAGCAACAAGGAACACCAAGAAGAACAAGAGCCUGUAUCGGAACGUUCUGAUGUACGGGCCACCAGGGACUGGCAAGACACUGUUUGCCAAGAAACUGGCCUUGCACUCGGGCAUGGACUAUGCCGUCAUGACGGGCGGCGACGUGGCCCCCAUGGGGCGGGACGGCGUGACCGCCAUGCACAAAGUCUUCGACUGGGCCAACACUAGCCGGCGCGGCCUGCUGCUGUUUGUGGACGAGGCCGAUGCCUUCCUCAGGAAGCGUGCAACUGAGAAGAUCAGUGAGGACCUCAGGGCCACGCUGAAUGCCUUCCUGCACAGGACGGGACAACACAGCAGCAAGUUCAUGCUGGUCCUGGCCAGCAACCAGCCGGAGCAGUUCGACUGGGCUGUCAACGACCGCAUCGACGAGUUGGUCAACUUCGAGCUGCCAGGGCUCGCGGAGCGGGAGCGCCUGGUGAGGCUCUACUUCGACAAGCACGUGCUGCGGCCAGCCACCGAGGGCAAGCAGCGCCUGAAGCUGGCCCAGUUUGACUAUGGACAGAAGUGCUCAGAAGUGGCCAGGCUGACCGAGGGCAUGUCGGGCCGUGAGAUUUCCCAGCUGGCUGUGGCCUGGCAGGCCAUGGCGUACGCCUCUGAGGAUGGGGUCCUCACCGAAGCCAUGAUGGAUGCCCGCGUGCAGGAUGCCAUCCGGCAGCACCAGCAGAAGACACAGUGGCUGAAGGCCGAGGGACCACAACUGGAAAGCAGCCCUGUACCCUGAGCCUGUGGGAGGCUGCACUGACCCAAAGCCCCGGCUGGCAGCCAGUGCACCAGGGUUGCCCAGCUCUGGACAUCAGCUCCCUGAUGGGCAGCAUUGGCUGCACCCCCAGGACCGCCCUGGGCAGCUCCGAGCCACCAAAUGGGUCUGGUCCCAAGGGAGGGCCUGGCUGGGCAAGACUCUCAACAGCCCAG